AUGCCAAGUACAGAAAAAGGUUAUUUUAUUAUCGAUGUUUUAAAUUAAUCGUUGAGUGGGAAGAAAUACGGUUCUUGCAAACUUUAAGCUUAUAGGAGUCCAAGCAAACAGCAAUUUAUUGAGUAAAAUGGAGGGAACAGCCAUAAUCAGCUGUAGCAUUAUAUAUGCGUGGAUAAAGAUGAAUCAUUUAAGAUUUAAGUAGGCGCUAUUGACUAGAGUGACAAGCACACUUAUGGAGCUGUGCUAUUCCUCGAUGGACAAAGAGUGCACGGCAAAAAAACAUUUGUGUCUAAGACUACAUUUCAUGGCUUCAAAUUGGGAAAUGGUCAAUUUAGAGAGUUUAUAUUUUCGACACCUAAGAUUGCAGGUAUGUCUGAUCCUGAUGACGAUAAUGACAAAUAAUAAAAUUAGAAAUAGAGACUUUAACCUGGUUCUGGAGAUUAAAAUUUUUAGGCUAAAGAAGAGUAGCUGGAUUAAAAGCAUAAGGGCAAGAAAGGGACUAUAAUCAUCGAGUUUUAUAAAACAGAGUAAUUUGAAAGGCCAAACAAGCAGUUCAGAGUGCACACUAAGUAAUACGAAUAGCAUUUUAUAGAGGAUGCAAAUAAAAAGUCUUCAUUUGCAGAUAUAGUAAGAAUCAAGCAAGGAGGAGUGUUCAGCUUGGCUAAAAAUUUUGACUAAAAUCGAGCAAAUGGAGGAGGACAACAUAGCAGUAACAAUCAUAGUAAUAACAAUAGGUACUAAGGAGGUGGAAACAAUUACAAUAGCAGUAGCAAUAAUAGAAAUGGAAGUGGUGGUGGAAGUUAUGGCCAUAAUUCACAUGAUUAGAGGAGACGUGAUGAUAAAUAUCAAGACAAAAGGUAGCAUUAUGAUUAGAGAAACGGAAGGACAAUGGACCUGUCGAAUCGCGGCAAUCAUGAUCCAAGAAGACCCAUUCCUGGCGGCACAGUGACUGAAAAUGGGAUGAUCAUAGAUUAUCGAGUUAAUUACGACGAGUUAGUAGACUCAAUCAUAAUCAACUAUGCAGAUUGGUCUUAUUUGCAAUAUAUGACGACUGGCUUCAAAAUCAGUGAUUAUUUUGACUUUAAGGAGAACGAGAUGAAGACCUUCCUAGAAAUGAAGAAUAAUAUGUUUUCUAUUGAUUCCAAAGGCUAUGCUAGGGUGAGAGAUGAUUAUAACGAGAAUGAGGAUUAGUCUAAUAGCAGCAAUAGGAAAUAGAAGUAAGCUAAUGGUGAUGCUAAUGGAUAAAGAAAUGCCGCUUCUAAACAGCCGGUGGUUAUUAGUAUUGAUUGA